AUGGGUUUUCCUCCGAAUCUACUAUCACUGCCUCUCGAGAUCUUGUCCAUGAUCACAAACCUCCUAGCUGCGCCAGAUUUACUCAACCUGAUAACUUGUAGCCGAUCCUCAAAAGCAAUUUUCAUGGGGCAUCUCUGGAAGAACCAUUUUCAUUUGGCUUUCAUAUGGGCUGCAAAAAAUGAGUACGAUGAUACAGCGGCGUAUGCGAUGAAAUUCAGACCCCCAAAUCUCCAUGCGUAUACCGAGCACUAUGCGGGUUAUGAGGGACUCAUAUUUGAAAGGCCUUUUUUGUCAGAAGCUGCGGCCUAUGGGCUUCCAAAAACUACAUCGCUCCUCCUCGACCAAGGAUUGGAUGUAAACUACAUCCAGCCCAAAUUGAAACAGACAGCACUGCUUAACUCACUCCGUCUUGAUCGUCACAAAUAUCGGAUCGAACCAAAGGGGGCAAAAUAUUUCGAAGUUACCAAGCUUCUACUCGAGAAAGGGGCGAAUCCUGAACUCCGUGAUGAAAAGGGAAAUACCGCCCUGGCACUCGCCGUCAAAAUGGACAGCGAGCCCUGGGUGAAGUUACUGCUCAAAUACAAUGCAGAUGUCAAUUCCAGGAAUGAUUCAGAUGAAACUCCUCUGGCCCUGGCCCUUCAAUUCAAUAAUUACUCUGUGAUAGAAUUGUUGAUAAGCCAGGGAGCGGAUGUGACUGCACAGAUUUCUUUCUACAACUCCAAGCUACCAAUGAUAGCUAUCGGAAAGCUAUCAGCAAGAACUACAAGCCUCCUGAUUGAACAUGGAGCAUCUCCAUACGGUGGAUAUGAGCUUUACAGGUCUUCUCUGUUUCAUGCUUACUAUAGCAGAAAUCUGGAGGUUCUUCGUCUUAUUCUUGAAUGUGAACCCCCGGAAACUGAAGACUACUCACGCAAGGCAAAGUCGGAUCUUAUUGAAAAAUGCCGGCAUGAAAUAAGAUUCGCAAGAGAUGAUAAAAAUCUGAUGCAGGAAAUGAUCGCCCUUCUAGAGGGAGAUUAG